AUGUUGAAUCAAACUUCAACAGAGGCGCUGCUUUCAGCAACUUAUGUUGAAAAUUACUUAGAUUGUGUUGAAAAUUUGCCCAAUGACCUGCAACGACAUUUAUCGCGUAUGCGAGAAUUAGAUGUGACUUAUAGAGAGUGCCUCCGAGAUGCAGAGACACACUUAGCAGUUUGCAUUGGACCUAGUACGGAGGAGCGACGACGUGGGAGAGCUGCUUUGCGUCUUCAAACAGCACUAGUGGCUGCUCAAGAGAUUGGUGAUGAGAAGCUACAAGUAGUACAACUAUUACAAGAUCUUAUUGACAAUAAACAAAGAUCCCUCGAUGCAGACCACAAGAAAUUAAUUUCCUGUUUAGAAGUUAACACAAAUGGAACAGUUAAAGAAGAAUCACCUCAAAGUUCAGAGUCUCGAUCAACUGACAAGGACACAAGCACACAGACGCAGCAACAACAUACACCAGCUCCAGCACCUCCUGAAAGAUCUAAUGACAAAGAGAAAGAAAAAACAGAUAAAGAUAAGUCUGGAGGCGAACGCUGGUCAAAACGUCCGCGACGGUCCCGGACUACGGCAGGCGCUGCGACGGAUGGCGCGGACUCUGGCGAGAGAGACAACGAAAGGCACACACACAAUACUACUCAUAAGAAGGGUAUAGGUAAGAAGAAGAAACGCAAAGCGCGCCAAACAGCACAACGUUCAGAAACACCUCCUGAAGAAACAGACGCCAUUGAUCCUGAUGAGCCUCGAUACUGUCUCUGUGAUCAGAUAUCUUACGGAGAAAUGAUUCUGUGUGAUAAUGACCUUUGCCCCAUAGAAUGGUUCCAUUUCUCAUGUGUUUUUCUCACAACAAAGCCAAAAGGCAAAUGGUUUUGCCCCAAGUGUCGUGGCGAUCGUCCUAAUGUAAUGAAACCUAAAGGACAAUUCUUAAAAGAACUAGAACGAUAUAAUAGAGAAAAAGAAGAAAAAGCA